AUGGCUUUUCUCGGAUGGGGACAGGAGAGGAGUUACUCGGGAGAGCCCGUCUCGCCCGAUGCAGCUGCUGAGGCGGAAAUAUUAAGUCCGCUCAUUUUACCUAGUAGGGCCACUUCCAUGGGCGGGCCAACGGAGGAUGAGCAGGAGGACGAAGAUUUUCCCCAAAUGUGCAAAGAAGAAAUCCUUUGCCGCCGUGCUCGAAAGAACGCUCUCGUCACAGUUGGAACAGGGCUUUGUUGCUCCCUCAUCAUCUCCGGUGUGCUCUAUGGAUUGACGUCUCUGCUUCGCGUCCCGGUCCAUAUUUGGAUGAUCUGCAUCCAAGCAACGGAGAACGUGCUGAUCGUCGCGCUUCCCUGCGCCUGUCUCGUAUGGCGAUUCACCAUUCGGGCGCAAGGCGACGAUCUGAUGAAGACUCGAGAGCGAGAGAAGUCGAAAGAGCGUCGAGCGUUUCUCUGUUUGGCGCUGAUGGAGAUGUUCCUUGGCAUCUACGUUUUUGCCGAGGCACAUUUCCGGCAUCGAAUCAGCACUCGAGGAAUGGUGAACUUGAUGGAGUUUCGAACGACCAUGAUCAUCAUGGCGGCGUGCGCGCUCGCAGGUGCUCUGUUGUUCCUCCUUCACGGUGUUGGCGCCUGUGUUUUUUCCGCGCAACUCACCAGCAGCUCUCUAAACCGCGGCGCUGGAUGCUUCUUCGUGGCGGCGUUCCUAAACCUUGUCACGGCUGUAGAGACGUGCCGUUGUAUUGCAUACUUGGGUGCUGGAGGACACCAAUUUCAACGUGAUAACUUUUCGGCAUAUGUCGCUAUCUUCGCUGGAAGCUGCCUCCUUGUGGACGGGCUCUUUAGUCUCCGCGGCUGUUCGGAAGAGCCCUGA